AUGCAUUUAAACAAGUAUCUGUUAAUGGGUGUUUCUUUGCUUUUGGAUUUGGUUAUCCUGUGUGGUCGAUCAGUUUUCGGUUUGUUUCAGAUGAGCUGAGCCUCUCUACUGAUAUUUCCAGGAUUUCUCUUUAAUAUAAGCGAAGAUUGUGCCCUGCCUCUCCUCUAUGCGUUCACACUCGUGUUCAUCACAUUGGUUCACCUCGCCGUCAUGGCCUCCAAGCUCACAGGCUUCCGAUUCCCAUGGUAAUUACGGCACAACUUUUUCUGUGGAACUGAAAUUUUUUAGGAAAGACCGAUGCGUUUUCACGUGCUACUCGUUGGGUCGUCUCCUCGUGGAAACACUGUUUGUGCUAGUCGCGAUCAUCGGGAACCCAGAAGAAACACAAUACGGAGGUUUGUUUCUGCAAAAACUAACAACUAAAUGUUCAUUGAAACAUUCAGUCACUGUGAUGGUUCUCAGUGCAGCAGCUGUCGGUGUAACACUCCUGGACUGGGUCUUCGCAGUCACUUAUCCGCUUUGGAAGAAGCCGAAGCGCCCGUACACUGCCGAGCUGCUGAGUUUCCGUCAAGCUCAACAAGCUGCUCGCUUCCGUCACCAAAUUUAA